AAAGCACUGUACAUAUCAUCAAACCCUUUCAUUUUCUUUCUCUGUCGUCUCAUUUUCCGGAAUCCCCCGUUUGUGGUUUCAGUUUCUCGAGAAAAUUAGAAGCAAAAAUUUUCCUUCUCUCCAAUCACUCCAAUUCUGAUUAGAUCCUAGGUUCGGUGCAUGAUCUGAAAGACUGAUCAAAAACCGUCGAUCUGAAGAAUGGAAAGGAUCGUUGGAGGUAAAUACAAGCUCGGCCGUAAAAUCGGAAGUGGAUCAUUUGGUGAAAUCUAUCUCGCUACGCAUAUCGAUUCUUUCGAGAUCGUGGCUGUGAAGAUCGAGAACAAUAAAACAAAGCAUCCACAGCUUCUAUAUGAGGCCAAACUAUACAAUAUUCUUCAGGGAGGAAGUGGUAUACCUGGCACAAUGUGGUCUGGCAUAGAUGGGGAUGACAAUGUUUUAGUCCUCGAUUUGCUAGGACCAAGUCUUGAAGAUUUGUUUGUCUAUUGUGGUAGGAAGUUUUCAUUGAAGACAGUCUUAAUGUUGGCUGAUCAAAUGGUGACAAGGAUAGAAUAUGUGCAUUCUAAAGGGUUCUUGCACAGGGAUAUUAAGCCUGAUAACUUCCUCAUGGGUCUUGGUCGGAAAGCGAAUCAGGUUUACAUUAUUGAUUUUGGGCUCGCAAAAAGAUAUCGAGAUGCAACAACCAACAGACAUAUUCCUUACAGGGAGAACAAAAAUUUGACAGGUACGGCGCGCUAUGCCAGUUGUAACACUCAUCUUGGAAUUGAGCAAAGCCGGCGGGAUGAUUUAGAGUCUCUUGGUUAUGUACUACUAUAUUUCCUGAGAGGAAGCCUUCCAUGGCAGGGUUUAAAAGCUGCCACAAAGAAGCAAAAGUAUGACAAAAUAUGUGAGAAGAAGUUAUCAACCCCUAUUGAGGUUUUAUGCAAGUCUCAUCCGGUGGAAUUUGCAUCAUACUUCCAUUAUUGCCACUCACUGACAUUUGAACAACGGCCUGAUUAUGGAUUUUUGAAACGCCUGUUCCGAGAAUUGUUUACUCGUGAAGGAUAUGAAUUUGAUUACAUAUUCGAUUGGACCAUCCUAAAGUACCAACAGGCACAAAAGAGUAAAACUCGACCACAUGUAUCACCAGUCCCUGGGGAGAGCAGCAGUCGAGCUGUGCAAAUGGACGUGGACAAGCAUCAAGGCAACAAUGCUACUUAUCCAGCUGAGGUAACAGAACGAAUGAGAUCAAGUAAUCCUGUUAGUCCUCGCAUUCGCAUGCAAUUUAAAUCCCCACCAGGAAGGAACAUAAGCUCUGACAAUCCCCUUGAGAGAAAUAUUGUUAGCAGUGCUCGCAUGCCAUCUACUUCGUUUUCUCCUGCUCCUGUACCAAAAAGAAAUGCCUCAAAACCAGGGUUGCCUGCUGAUACCACAAACCCUGAUCAAGGGCAUAGUGACAAUAUUGGUCCUUCAAGCAGUUGGAUAUCUUCCCUACGCCGCAUUUCUUCCACCAAGUGAUCCACAUGAUCCGGUCAAAAUGUUGGAGAUGCAUCAUGUGCGGAUGUGCCAUUUUUUAUGUAUAUUUCAAGUUUGUCCUCUGUUACCAGCUUGCGUUCCAAAGGUUCAAGGUUAUUCCAAAUCCAAUGUCUAACUCUUUGAUACAGACCGCCCAGUGUUGGCCGACAAGGUUAAGUGAUGCAUCAUCUAUGGAGGAGCAAGCAUGCUACGAAUGUGAAUUGCACUACUCUAUGGUUUGAAGCUCGGGUUAGAUAUUUUUCCUCUAUGAAUGCAUUGGUUGAUCCUUGAAUACAGAUCAGAGCUUGGUUCCUGUGCCGUGCAUAGAUGUUACAAAUUACUCGCAGCAACUUUUGUUCUAUGGUCCCAUGUAACAUGAAUGAUAAGUGAAGUGUUUUACCUAAUUCUUCUCAACAGAUCAUACAGUUACCUUUGUUAAUAUGGUGGUUGUCAACAUUGUUUCUUUCAAUUGGUUCGUGGUUGUCGGUUGCCUGUGUUGUAAUUUGAUUGCUUUGUAUUUCUGGACAAAGACCCUAUCUCUGGGUCAGGAACAAGAAGAUGUUGGUGACUGGAUUUUGCUUGAUUUGAAUGAAGCUCGGAAUUUU